AUGGCGCACGGCCGCAAGCGGAGUUGUGUUCGGUGUUCGUUCCCACGGUUCGUGGUCAUUUGCUUUUUUGCUGCACUAACAGUGUCGGUAGGCACGGGUCAAGAGCUGUUUCCACUGUCCAUCGUGCACAUUAACGAUUUCCAUGCGCGGUUCGAAGAGGUUAAUGAGGCCAGUGUCACGUGUGAUGGAAACGAUGGGGAGAAGUGUGUCGGUGGGUACGCACGAACGGUGACAGUGGUGAAGCAGCUCCUCGCCGAGCGGCCCAAUCCGAUCUAUCUGAAUGCGGGUGAUAACUUCCAGGGUACGCUCUGGUACAACAUUCACCGGUGGAAUGCAACUUGCGCGUUUCUCAACAUGCUUCCGGCAGAUGCGAUGACCAUAGGGAACCAUGAGUUUGAUAAUGGGGUGGAAGGAGUGGUACCGUUUCUGGAGUCGAUCGAAUCACCGGUUCUGCUGGUGAAUGUGGACAACAGCAAGGAACCGGAUUUUAACCGCUUCAACAAGAGUCUCGUGCUGGAGCGCUCCGGUCGCCGGAUCGGUGUGAUCGGUGUGAUACUCAGCACGACCGACACCAUCGCCAAUACGGGUGAUUUAAUCUUCGAGGAUGAGGUAGAAACGAUCCGUGCCGAAGCGGAACAUCUCACCACUCUGGGGUGCGACAUCAUCAUCGUCCUCUCACACUGCGGCAUUGAUGUAGAUCGUAUAAUAGCGGCCAAUGCAGGACCGCUAGUGGACAUAAUCGUUGGGGGACAUUCGCACAGCUUCCUGUACACCGGCGAUCAUCCUACCAUUCCGAUGACUCCCGUGUCCGAGUAUCCCACAAUCGUAGACCAACCAAACGGACAUCGGGUGUUGAUCGUGCAAGCAUCCGCUUAUACGAAGCUCGUGGGCGACAUCAUCCUGCACUUUGACGACCAAGGCAUUAUUCAACGCUGGGAAGGAAAUCCUAUCUAUCUCAGCAAUGAUGUUGUGCCGGAUCCGACCGUAGCCCAGGCACUGCUCCCGUGGAAAGAAUCCGUAGAUGAGGUAGGCAAUCGUAAGAUUGGCGCUACAGCAGUAGAUCUGCAGAAAGCCACCUGUGGCUACGGGGAGUGUAACCUCGGCAGUCUAAUAGCCGACUCCAUGGUGGCCGCUUUCGUGCCGCGUGCCGAACCGGGCCAAUGGACCUACGCUGCAGUGGCCGUACUGGCGGUGGGUGGCAUUCGAGUUGGCCUGUUUCGCGGAGAUCUUGCCUUUAAAAACUUGAUCGAAGUGUUGCCGUUUGAAAAUGCGCUCGUGUGCUUCGACAUGCGCGGUGAUCAUCUGAUCGAGCUGAUGGAGUACAGUGUGGAGAAGUCCUGGGAUGAGGAUCGCUUCAAUGGGGCAAAUAUGCUGCAAGUGUCCGGUAUGCGCGUGCUGUACAACGUUACCAACCCGAUCGGGGAGCGUGUGCUGGCGCUGGAUGUACUGUGUCACGAUUGUGACGUGCCCAAGUACGAGCCGGUGGAACCGUUCCGGAAGUAUCGUGUUAUAACGAACUCGUUCCUGGCCGGCGGUGGUGAUGGAUUUACGGUGUUCGAGCGAUACGGUCAGCGUAAGGUGACUGGACCAGUCGACAUUGAUGCGUUCGAGGCUUACGUACGGGAUCGUUCGCCCGUGUUUCAGGGUUUGGAUGGAAGGAUUACGGUUUUGACGUAG